GUAGUGAGAGGAAGAUGAUGUAGCCACAUCAUGGGGGCACGUGAAUAAAGUGGAAGACGAGGAAGUCUUCUUUUGGGAACAGGCUUACAGGAGAUCGGACAUAGUUUCUUCCGCUCUGAGAUACAGGUGGAGACACCACAUUAAUUUUUGGCGACGAGCCUGGUGAGAACCUAAUACUAUUUCCCUUGACCUCGAUCGUACCAUGUCUGGUUUACCUCCACCGCCUUUCUUUCUGUCCACGCCUGGGAGGCCAGCAAUGCCAUGGCAGUCAUGGCGGAAGACGUUCGAAAACUACGUGCUCGCCGCUGGUUUUGAGUCCACAGCAGUAGCCCGCAAGGCGGCAAUCCUGUAUCAUUGCCUAGGCACUGAAGGUCAACGACUUUUCGACCUACUACCUUCGCCUUCAGCAGAUUCAGAAGCUCCUGAUUCUUCACAAACUGAUGCGUACAAUAGCGCUCUGCAGAAGUUGGAUUUGCACUACGCAGUUGCAGCUAACCCUAUCGCCGAACGUCAUCGUUUCCGCCAGCGUAGCCAGCACUACGGCGAAUCUCUUGAUGAUUUCGUCAUUGGACUUCGGAAACUUGCAAAUACCUGCGAUUUCGGAUCGACUUCGGAUCUUAUGAUUCGUGACCAAAUCGUUGAGUCUACAAACAUUCCGCACUUACGUGAUCGUCUACUUCUGGAAGGACCGUCGCUUACUUUGGCGAGAACAGUACAGAUUGCACGCCAGCUAGAACAAGUUCACCGAGACGUAAGAGAGUUCGCGAAUACUACUGAAAAUACAGUUCAACGACUUUUCAAGAAAAGCACGAAGAAAUCUGUCAGCAACCGACAGAAGACUGGACCGUUGAAGCCACGGCACACUCAAGCGGGAUCUCACUGCUAUCGUUGCGGGUCUUCCUUUCACCUCGCUAAUUCGCCAUCGUGUAAAGCACGAAACCAGAAAUGUUUCUCCUGCGGCAAGGUAGGACAUUUUGCUCCUGUAUGCCGAUCUACAAAACCUCUACAACAAUUGACGUCAUCGCAGUCGCCUGGAGAGGCAGAAAUCUUCGACACAAACCCAACGGUGCUACAACUUCACACCCGGGAAGAGAGGAAAACUGGAAUAUACGUUACGCUGAACGUUGAAGACAGACGCAUGCAGUUUUUGAUCGACACAGGUUCUUCAGUGUCAGUUAUGUGCCAUGACACGUACGACUCCAUGUUUGCGUCGCAGCAUCCGUUACAGCCGGCAACUGUUCGCCUACUGGACUUCUCGAAACGCCAUAUUCCAGUACUGGGAUGCUUUCCAGCGCAAGUAGCUUACAAAGAUAAGGCGACGUGCCUCGUAUUUUACGUUGUGCAGGAUGGCACUUCACUUUUGGGUCUGGAUGCACUUACGUCCUUAGGAAUAAACAUCGACGGCAUGCAACUCUCAUGUUUCAACACAGCUACAACUUCAACACCUUUGCCAGCGGAGCUCACAGAAGAAUUCUUCCAACUUUUCGACGGCAGACCUGGUUUAGCAAGAAACUACGUGCACAGAGUCACAGUGCGUCACAAUGUUGCGCCGGUGACGUCGAAGCUCCGACGUCUACCCCAAACUGUACGCGAGAAAGUGUCUGAGGAACUUCGACGAUUAGAAGCGGAUGAUAUUAUUGAAAGGAUAACAGCAUCUGAAUGGGUGUCUCCGAUCGUUGUUGUCAAGAAAAAGAAUGGCAACAUCCGUCUUUGCGUCGAUCUUCGGGAGGCAAACAAGGCAGUAGUUCCAGAUUGUUUUCCUCUUCCUCACACAGAGGAACUCUUGAACGCUUUGUCUGGCGCCAAACGCUUCACGAAGCUUGAUCUAGCUUCUGCAUAUCACCAAGUCCUACUCCACCCAGAGAGCCGCGACUUGACUGCUUUCAUAACACACGAAGGACUUUUCCGUUUCAAACGAGUGUGUUUUGGCCUUGCUUCCGCACCGUCCGCUUUUCAGCACAUGAUGUCCCUGGUAUUACAAGGUUGCAAAGGAGUACUAUUUUACAUUGAUGAUAUCAUCAUUUACGGCCGAACGGAGGAAGAACACAUGCAGAACGUCCGCGCCGUUUUACGACGCCUUGCUUCCGAGGGACUCAAACUCAACGACAAAUGUCUGUUUAAUGUCAGUGAAUUACCUUUUUUGGGUCACACAGUCACUUCUUCGGGAUUACUACCGCAACAGACAGCAGUUACCGCCAUUGAAAAGGCACCACCUCCCAAGGACCUGAAGUCGCUUCGCUCAUUCCUCGGGUUGGCUGGGUAUUAUUCAAAGUUCAUACCCCAUUAUGCCGAAGUGGUAGAGCCGAUGCGUGACCUGCUACGCCGAAAGCAGCCUUUUGCUUGGACUGCUGCUGCUGACCAAGGCUUCAAGCAAGUGAAGAAGCUUUUGGUGACCUGCCCGAAUCUCACCAUGUUCAAUCCUACCCUUCCAGUGACCGUUACAACUGAUGCCUCCUCGUACGGGUUGGGUGCAGUUCUUCAGCAGCACGAUGGCUCACAGCUCCGAACCGUUGCAUUUGGUUCACGUACACUAUCGGAACAAGAACGAAAAUACUCCGUGGGUGAACGCGAAGCCCUGGCAUGCCUUUGGGCAUGUGAAUACUGGCAUAUAUACCUGUGGGGUCGACCAUUUACAUUAUGCACCGACCAUAAGGCCUUGGUUACACUUCUUGGUUCGCAAGGUUCAGGGCAUCGUCCUCUGCGCAUUUCGAGGUGGUCUGCACGUUUGUUCUACUACAACUUCACCGUACAAUACAAGAAAGGCGCCGAGAAUUGUGUCGCCGAUGCUCUUUCAAGACUUCCCUUGCCAGCGCAAGAUACUUCGGAGGAAGAAGUAAUUUGCAUAGUGUCUGCAGUAACGAAGCAAGAGAUACAAAGCGCCACACGCAGCGAUCCCAUAUUGCAAGAGGUAAUGCAGCACGUGAAGAAUGACUCGUGGCCAUCUUCAGGAUCACGCUCCGAAGACAUUCUUCCGUUUUAUCGAUGUCGUGCAGAACUUUCAGUCAUGAACGAACUUUUGUUACGAGGUGAUCGUGUGAUUGUGCCCAUGGCGUUGACAAGCCGUUUCCUGGAGCUCGCUCAUGAGACUCAUCCUGGGAUUGUCCGCACAAAACAAAGACUCCGAGAGCAGUACUGGUGGCCUGGCAUGGAUAAACGAGUGGAACAACUCGUCGGCUCUUGCAACGUUUGUCAGUCUGCUGACAAAUCAGCGAAAACAACUGUGCCACCACUGCACCCAGUCCCGUUCCCAACUGCGCCGUGGUCAAAACUUGCUAUCGACAUUGUUGGACCUUUCGACCAUUUACCAGCUCAUUGCAAGUACGCCAUCACACUGGUAGAUUACCACAGCAAAUGGCCUGAGAUUGCUUUCGCUUCAUCAGUUACAACAUCUGCGAUUACUAACUUUCUUAAACACGUAUUCAGCAGAGAAGGCUUUCCGGACGAAAUCGUUACUGACAAUGGUCCUCAAUUUGUUGCAACAGAAUUCAAGGAUUUUCUCCACCAGCGUGGCAUUCGGCAUUCCAACGUAUCACUGUACUACCCUCAAGCAAACGGGUUGGUCGAAAGAUUUAAUGGUGUCUUGAAGAACAUCAUUCAACUAUCCGCAUUGGAGAGCAAGCCUAUUUCUCCUGCGGUUCUGGAGUACCUCACAGUAUACAGAGCAACACCGCAUGCUACCACGGGGGUACCACCAGCAGUUCUACUUCAUGGAAGAAAUUUGCGAACACGCCUACACAUCGCGGGUUAUAACCAAACUCAUCUCUACAGCUCAACACCGCAGAGUGCGGUACUUGAAGAACGCGUCAAGGUGAGGCAGUCCAAACAGAAAGUGUACACAGACAAUCGUCGUGGGUCCCAUGCAAGAAAUUACGCUGUAGGUGACUAUGUGCGUGUCCGUAAUCCGCGUCGGCAACGGAAAGGUACUUUCCGAUUCAGCCCUCCUCUGAAAAUCAUCGCUACACGAGGCCCUUUGUCCUUUCUUUUGGAGGACGGGAAGGUUUGGCAUUCAUCUAAAUUUGCACCUGUGGCAGCAUCCAGCGUCAGCAAUCGCACAUGGAACCCUUGGUUUUCCGUGGAAUUUCCAGCAGAGCCCCAGCCUCGUCCCUUGGACUUUACAUCUGCACCAGUGACUUCACCAUUGCCUGCACUUCGACGCAGUACAAGGAAUCGACGACCACCGGUUCGCUACGAGGCUACAUGAAAGAACUAGAAUUUUGUGUGGGAUUUUUAUUGGGUUUAUUUGGGUUUAUUUCCGUUACGGAACAGUUUGUCUACAAGGGGGAAGAUGUGGUGUAGUGAGAGGAAGAUGAUGUAGCCACAUCAUGGGGGCACGUGAAUAAAGUGGAAGACGAGGAAGUCUUCUUUUGGGAACAGGC